GAAUCAUUGUAGCUGGAGCACUCAGAGAGUGAAGAUGUGUGCGUUAGACCUCUGAUGCUCUUCUGUGGUGAUGUGAAUCCUCGUUCAAGGAGCGAAUUUUUUUCAUGCUUAGUAGGAUUUCUGUGAGUAAGAAAUUUCAGUGAUCCCAUAGCGAAUUUUCCAAGUGUUGUGUUUGAACUAGAGUGGUUUAGUGAUCGCUGUUGACAAAUAUUACUUUCAUCUACGGGUGAUAAUCUUCCGUGACUUCUGUUCAUUACAGUGAUUGAUAGUUCACUGAUUGUGCUCUGAUUGCUCUGCUUGUGGAUUACGCAUAUAUUGGAUUACCAACAUCGCUGGGAAUAACUUUCAUCUUUUUUUAAAGGAACCCUUUAUGGCCAUUGGACACGAGUGCUGUUUGGGUGUGAGAAACGAAGAGCAGGCUUGGAGACGAGCUCAACUUGACGAUAUACGCAAGCUGGGACAGACCUCUCGUGUUGGCUUGCAAUUUAUCGAUCUCAAAAAGAGAGAUAACAAUAAGCAAGUGGACAAAGAAAAGCUGAUUACUGAGAAUGAAGCUCUGAGUAACCAUCCUGUCAUAGUGCUGGGCAACAGCGAAAACUUGGUGUCAGAUGCGGACAACAAAAAACAACGAAAAGAAGGUUCUGUUGGAAGUGAAUCGAUGUGUGCUUCAGGAAUUUUGUGCCCGGGUGUGAGCCCGUGUAUCAUGUCGGAUUUCAUUCACCCCAUUCAAGGCCGUGUUGCCAUCGAUGACGAUGGGCAGGAGAUUGGUAUGCUUUUAGUAGCCAAUGACUCCGACGAGUCCUCUGCUGAAAAUAUUAAUAUGUCAGAUACAUCAAGCGAGGCAACAGACAUGGUCAAUACUGACCUUGAUAGAUUAUGCAAAAACGUCGAACCAAUGGAUGUGGAUGACAACGAAUGCAAAGCGGACUGUUCCAACGAUGUACUGGACGAGAGUGAAGGAGGGAUGCUUAGCCCUGACGAAGGUUCGAAAGGCUCUCAAUCUUCUGACAACGGAUAUGCAUCAGACAGCAGCGUAUCUGAUGCAUCCGACACAGAACUGAAUCAAGUGAAGAAUCCUAGUGAAGAGGAAAGCAGCAGCAGUGAAGAUGAAAGUUCUCCUGACGACUCCCCAAGUCCGCCAAGUGCAGACGAGAGCCCCUUGCCGAGCGUCGAGGAAGUCGAAACCAGAACUGGCAUCAGCUUUGAGAGAACGCUCAGCACCAGUUCCCAGAACGACACUUCAUUUUCAUUCUCAACUUCUUCAGCAAAUGGGCAUCUGAGUAGUUCGUCAUCUAGUGGAUACACUAGUUACACCAAUGCCAGCAGGACGACGUGCGAGAAGACGCAGCAUCGCUCCCAGGUUAUGGGCUUGCUGGAAGGCAGACUACGUCUGAUCGAUGAUAGCGAACGAUGUCUCCUACGCUAUGUGCUACUCAAAACAAACCUGAGUUUUCUACGCAAAGAAGCUCGUGAUGAACGACUAAGUCAGCACCGCCGGCGCCGGCAUCACGUUCUGUCGCACGGCUAUCCGGAGACGAUGUCUUCUGGUGGCCUCAGCCAAGGGCUAUGCGACUCUCCAGCUGUCACCGCGAUGGCUGGGUCUUCGUUCGUGGCUGCUAACAGCAUCAGCCCUCUGGCGCGACCAACCUCAUCCACUUCCCGGAGCGUGUCGGGCACUUUUACGACAACAUGUACCUCUGGCAGUGGAAACUCUGUGCCUAGCAGAACUCCUCCCGUCGACGGCAACGACAAUAACGACGAUGAACCACCACUCAAACGACCGCGUUAUGCCCCCGACGAGAACAAGGAAAACUACAGUACGAGCAGCUGCAGCGUUUUCGUGAGUGGAGUUGAGUAUUCCUCGUCUGAAACCUCUGGAGGCUAUUACAGUUCGGGAAAUGGGCACUACACUUCUGUCUGCAACUCGAACGGAUAUUACUCAACCACCAGCCAGUCCAUGUAUUGCAUGAACCAUCUAAGCAAUCACUAUAGUGCGAGUAGCUCAAAUUACUUCACGAAUUCCUGUCAGUUCGGAGGUAGUUCCACUCAGUACAUAAGUAGUUAUAGUUGUAGUAGUGGUAGUCAAACCAAUAACGACCGAAGUAGUGGUAGCAGUAGCAAUGAUAGUUCUUGUAGUAAUGUUAGUAGUUUUUCAUCUUCUUGUGGACAAGUAGACGCGUUCUCUUCAGCUGGCUGCAGUAACGAUGCGAGCAGCAGCUGCUCCCAAGCGUCGUCUGACACCAACGUCGGCAGCAGUUGCAGCAUGAGCAACGGUGGUUUAUUUAACGCAUCUAACGUCACUCCGAGCUCCUGCAGCAGUGUUGGGCUUCGGAGUAAUUUAGAUACGAUAAUUGAAGCCAUCGACCAGGAGAUAAUGCGUAGCAACUAUUCUACGUCUGGUAGCCGAUCUAUGUCAACGACUCCAACGUCCGGCCAUUCUUCGUACGGUUCUUUUUCAUCGUACUCGAAUAGUGGGGGGCUGUUCGACAAUAGUGUAGGUAAUCACGGUAGUAGUCACAUUUUCGGCAACAGUGAAGGAACGAGUUACCACAUUUUCGGCAAUAGCAGACAUGGUAGUUCCAGUAACAUGUUCGUUGGCAACAGCAGUAGCAGUUACGGCAUGAACCAAGGCACAAGUUACAGCUCUAGUUAUAGCUCCUAUUCAAGUCCGUUUAGUGAUGCAUCGUCUGCAUUGCCACCUCAGAACCCUUGUGGUAGGUCGUCGCAGUUUUCAGGUAACGAUUUCCAGUCUCUAGUGUACAACAGCCUCAUGGCUUCGCUAGAGUCUUGAACGUACAAGAAAACUCUCGGCCAACCUUCCUACACUAGUUUUCCGUUGUGAAGGCAGUAGAGGAAAUACAGUGACAUGAGUGGUGAACAAAUCAUGGAUUUGUUCUCCUCUCAUUCGCACUAUCGUGGUGUUUGUUCAAUUGCCUUCAGUGUUAUCCUGUGCAAUGCAGAGUUAUUGAGGUGCCAAUAAUUAGAAGUGUAAUAGCAUAAACUUAGGAUUGUUAGGCAUGUGAUUCUUUACCCCUAAACUUGAACGUUCGGUGCCUGAGUGAUGGUACAAAGUAGCAAAAUAUUUUACCUGGUUCCUCAUAUUCUUUCAUGGCGAUUGAAAUGAUCUGCUGAAAUUGUGUUCAAAUCGAGACGUUAAAAAAUAAGACUGUACGUGCCAGAGGUUGAUUUCAGCUGUAAUUUUUUUUAAAGUAAUAGUAAUUGAGCUUGCCCAAUUUUAGUGACUAGGUAAUGUUCUAACAAAAUGUUAAUUGGAAGUAGCAUGUGUGUUGAAACCUCACGAUAUAAUGGGUGCGCUCAAACUCGUGGCUCUUUGCUUGAGUCUUGCCGUAAAUGUUACUUGACUACUGCCAUUUCAUAUCAUUAGUGUGGUUAGCCUGUUGAGUAUUUAUGUGUGGUAGAGGCGUAUAUGUGGCUGGUCCACAUCUAUGAUUAGUGUUAACCUUGCGUGCCUUAAUAUACAACUUGUGACAUUGGUGUAUCUCCAGCCGGUAUUUAGUUUUUCUAAGACAACUGAUCUCUUUACUAUUCCGCUAAUCAAAUGAUUCGUUUCUAAAUUAAUUUUAGGACAUCAAUCGUGAUUCGAAUUAGAUCUCUAAUUGUAAUCGUGAAUAAGUGGGGCAUCUUGUUUAAUUCACUACUUUUCGUUCAGAGUUGAAUGUAUGUCAGCCCUUCAUAGCGAUUUUUACGUCGCUUUAACAGAUAUCGCGGCAACAUUUCUCAUAUCAAUGUCAUGAUUGUGCUGUUUUUAGUACCGUAUGAGUGACGAAUGUGUCGUUCUUGAUUAUGUUCCUUGGGAGAAUCGGCGUUUGGAGAGCACUGCCAAAGCUGCGACUGUGAUAUCAUUGCCACACACAAUCAUUGUCAUAAAUUCAACACUUUGCAUCAUUACCAUGUAGUUUCCUCAUUGUUCAUUAUUAUGCAUCAUUAUCAUAUUUUGCGUUAAUGUCAUGUUAAGGAUCAUUACCACGUAGUUCAUUAUUUUCACACGGUUCAGCAUCAUUUAAUUCUUCAUGUUAUUUACUUAAUCAUUGGUCAUCAUAACCAUAUAGUUAUCGCCAUAUAAAUCACUAUUUCGUAGCAUUACUUACGUUCAUCAGUGUAUCAAGUUCCUUCCACAAGCAUUCACCUCCUCCCUCAGGAGUGCUCGUUAACUCAUUCAUCAUCUUAAUUUAAGGCCAAUUUAUUUACUUCAAUAAGAGACUCUUUGAUUACUGAAGUUUCUUUAAAAGUGGUGUGUAGGUUUUUUCCUCAUGAGAUUUGCCACUACCGGAAAAUUACCUAUGCCGUUGUAAAGUUACACAAUAGCCGUUCUUUUUCUGCAAACUGCCGGUUCUGAGAUUCAUGUUAAAUUAAUGACACGGUGUUCUAAACUUCAUUGUUCAUUUGUUCGGUAGUAUUUCGCUAUGUUCGCCGAUUUAAGUUCUGUUCGGCAAAUAUUACUUGAUUCAAAACUGAACGGUAGCGAGGUAAGAUUUCUGGACACAUCGAUUCAUUGCUCCUGAAGGUCUCGUCAGUUUUAUAGAAUGUCAAUUCAUACGAUUUGUUUUGAUCAAUGGUAUUUUUUGUCUGGUAAAAGCGCUUUCCCUUCGCACAUCAACACGAUGCGGGCAAAAGUUUGAUUUUUACUGCGUAUUUUUUUUUUGUUACGUUAUAAUUUAGACAUUCCUAAUAAAAAGAGCUCAUUA